CCAUCCUCUCUGUCAAAAUACACACACUUUCUCUCUCUAUAUAUAUCCACCUCACCCACCAAACCACCAUUGUUAACAUAGAGAGAGAGAGAGAGAGAGAGAGAGCUAGCUUUUAAUUUGACGAGCGUCUUUUCCACAAUUUCGAGAAACCCUCUUCCCUUCGUCUUCACAAUUCGGAUAAAUUCCGAAAUCUGGAUCAGCAGAAACCCUGGAUUUUAAGUAGAAUCUAGUGGGGGUUCUUCUUUAGCUUUGUAAUUGAAAGGAGGGGGGGUAAAACCCGGAAAAAAAGUUGUCGACAAUCACGGCUAUAUCAAGCGUAAAUCGGCCUCUACUACAUGUCCGCUCUGUACGACGAAAGGGUUGUGUGAGCGAGAGCAACCCUUCGCCGCACGGCGGACGCGGCGCUCUCCCCUCCGAAGGCGGCAGCCCCUCCGACCUCCUCUUCCUCGCCGGCGGCGGUCACACCGUCUGCUAGCUCCCCUCCCCCCCUUCUGUAGAUAUAUAUAUUUUUCUAUAUAUAUAAAGUAUCGUAGGCUUAUAUUCUAUUCUGCUGCUCGAUUAAGAAUCUGUCUGCUUUUGCUUUUCGAAUCUGUCUGCUUUUUAACUAGAAUUAAGGAGUAUAUUCUGUAAGAAAGAUGAUGCUAAAGAUUAAGAGGGUUCCUACUGUUGUUUCCAACUACCAAAAGGAGGACGCGGAGGAAGGCGGCGCCGGCUGCGGCCGCAAUUGCCUCCGGAGCUGCUGCCUUCCAGGGUCAAAGCUGCCACUGUAUGCUUUUAAGAAGGCGAACAAGCUUGUUUGUGAAAAGGGUUCCUUUGAUUCUGUGAACAAAGAGCCUCCUGUUGAGUUCUUGGACGCCCUUCUUCUUGGGGAGUGGGAGGAUCGUGUGCAGAGAGGACUUUUCCGCUAUGAUGUCACUGCUUGCGAAACCAAGGUGAUACCUGGCAAGUAUGGAUUCAUUGCACAGCUGAACGAGGGCCGCCACCUCAAGAAGAGGCCUACCGAGUUUCGUGUGGAUAAGGUCUUGCAGCCCUUCGACGAAACCAAGUUCAACUUCACAAAAGUUGGCCAAGAAGAGGUUCUCUUUCAAUUCGAGCCCAGUGAGAACAACCAUGUUCAAUUCUUUCCAAACGCACCCAUCGAUCUCGAGAAUUCACCUAGCGUCGUCGCUAUUAACGUUAGUCCGAUUGAAUACGGACACGUUCUGCUAAUCCCUCGAAUUUUCGAGUGCUUGCCACAGAGGAUCGACCGCGAGAGCUUCUUACUUGCUCUCCACAUGGCAGUCGAAGCGGGUAACCCUUACUUCCGAUUGGGCUACAAUAGCUUGGGUGCAUUUGCAACCAUCAACCACCUUCACUUCCAAGCCUAUUACUUAGCUACGCCUUUCCCGAUAGAAAGGGCUCCUUCCAAAAAGAUAACCACCACAAGUAAUGGGGUCGAAAUCUCUUACAUCCUCAACUACCCCGUCAGGGGCCUCGUUUUCGAGCACGGCGACAAUAUCGAGGACUUAUCCAACGCGGUGUCUGAAUCGUGCAUCUGCCUGCAAGAGAACAACAUCCCUCACAACGUACUCAUCGCCGAUUCCGGGAAACGAGUGUUCCUCUUCCCGCAGUGCUAUGCGGAGAAGCAGGCGCUCGGGGAAGUGAGUGCGGAGCUGCUCGAUACGCAGGUGAAUCCGGCGGUGUGGGAGAUUAGUGGGCAUAUGGUGCUGAAGAGGAAGGAGGAUUACGAGGGGGCGUCUGAGGAAAACGCGUGGAGGCUGUUGGCUGAGGUGUCGCUGUCUGAAGAGAGGCUGAAUGAAGUGAAGGAGCUUAUAUUUGAAGCCGCUAGCUGCUUCAACAAUGUCGAGGAGAAUAAGGUUGUCGCUGAGGUGGCGACGACGGCGUCGUCUGAAGAUUUGGGUGAAGCUUGUGAAGAUGGAGAUGCACUGAAAGGCUCUGGUGAACCUGCAAUGGUGCAUGUGUAGAGAUGAAGUAAUGGUUUUCUCUCUCUCUCUCUUGUUUUUUUUUUUAAUUUGGAUGAAUAAUAAUGCAAACUGUGUUUUGCUCUGUUUGUUGGAUUAUGUGUUUUAACUUGUGUAAUAUAAGUGUGGUUUUAUGGAUUUUAUGUAAAACUUUGUGUAUUAUGGAUGUUUUUUAUUUAAUGUGUGUUUUGUUUUA